UUCUUUCUGAAGCUUUCGCUGAGGGUGGGCGCGGACGGGUGCCUAUAUAUUGUAUAUAUGUGUUUGAGUGCGAACUGUGAAGCCAUCGACUAGUGACGUCACAGAGAACGGUCAUUUGUUUCAGGAAUGUAAACUGAUACGGAGCCAACGAGUCAGAUUAGUUGUUUCUGAAACGGAUCGUGUUCGCCUCACCUCUGCUGGCUGAUUCUAACAGUAUUACAUGCAGAAUCUUUUCAAAGUCGACUUAAAUUUACCGGAAUUUAACAAAAAUUCUAUCUUGCAACAUUAUUUAAUGUCGCAGCCAUCGAGAGCGACGACAUGCGUCUAUGCUCUAUGGGUUUCUGGCCAGAAAAAAUAAAAAAGACAGUUCGUGAAAUGAAAGUUUUAAGCGUAAAGUAAUUAUCAACUUGGCGUCUUCUUGCCCUUCAGAAAACGUACGUAAAGGGUUGCAGUGUCGAAUAAAAGUGACGCACAAUGCAGGACACGAACGGCAGGAAAACCAAGAACAAAAAGUGACUGGUAUUGGAAAGGACAACCAAACAGGACACCCGAAUCACAACCCGUUCGUUGAAAUGCCGCUGCAGGCGCCAUACAAAGUGGCGCCAUCUGCGUAAAUAGAGUGACGAGCGAUUGCUAACCGACUCUUCUUGGUAUUUGGAUCAUGAAUUUCAGUAGACUCUUCUUCCUUGCUUUGCUCGUGACGUUGCAAGAGGUGAAGGGCUCAUUAUGAAGCCGGAGGUGACACUUUUCGUGCUGGCGAUGACGUCAUCUGCGGGUCGGUCAUCGCCAGUAGCAGCUGCAUUGCCAAAUGCCACCACCCAAGAGAUUCUGACGAGCAGGCUCCCCUCUGAAGAGGCGGCGACAACUUCGUGUUCUCACGACGCCGAUGGGUGUCAAAGAAGACUUCUUCUGCCCAAAGUAAUGGUUGACUCAACUAAUCACACUCUCCCAUCAUCUGUGGACCUGACGGCAGGACCUCUCAUGGAUACCACUUUCCAAGAUCCGGCACUGCAAGGACAGUUUGACGUAUCCGCGAGUUCCUACAAUUCCCAACCAACUCCCGAAUACCAAAACCUGAGACAACCACCCUCUGCAGAAGUCCAUGAGGACAGCCCACAACCCAGAAGUCAAGGCUAUGGACAUGGAGGUUACCACAACGCAAACCACAAUUCUCAUUAUGACAAAGCACCAGCGCCUCCAUUUCAGGCCAAGUUCAGUUUUGACUUUCCUGUUGAUAAGUACAAAUCCUACCGCGUCUUCAAGAUCCUCUCCAUGAACGCAACCCUCGACAACUUCAAGAGUCUCUACAAGCCGAUUUUACAAUUUGGGUUCGCCUCUGGCAUGGAGCCCAUCUAUCACAAGAAGCCCCAUCACCACCAUCAUAAAGGACACCACCACCAUCACCAACAUGGCCAUCAUCAUCACCAUUCAAGUGGUUACAAUGAGCCGCUCAAGUCUAAUAAUUUCAAAGUGUUCCACUCUCACGGUCCCACCUUUGAGUACCAUCAGCAAAAUCCAGACCCUAUCUUUUACCAUCAAGUAUCUAAGCCAUCGUACAACAUAAAACCUGAUUCGGUUUAUUAUCAUCAAGUAUCUAACCCAGCAAAUAACCUCAAUUACAAUAACAAUGAAAACAACAACAAUAACAAUGAAAACAACAACAAUAACAAUGAAAACAACAACGCCAAUACCCAUCAGUACAGUCCUCCUCUUCUGGGCCAAGCAGGUUUCGGCCCACCAAAACCAGAAGACCUGAAACUGAAUGACCAUUAUAGGUCUAUUGGUUUGCCAGUUUUACAAAUUCCAGUUCCCUUUUUCCAAAAUACAGGUGAUCAGUUUGGAUUACACAGUACGCCCAAUCUUUCUAAAUACCCCACACAACAACUCGGAACAGAACAUAACAAAGUGAAUUCUGACCUUCCUAAGCCACAGGUAACUAUCUACAAACCUUAUGUAAAUUCCCAAGAACUAACUGACGAUGAAAAUAACGAUUCAUUCACUUUCUGGGAUUACUUCCCCAAAAUUGAUUUUAGCCUAGGCGAGAAGUCAAAAGAACCCCACGAUGAGAAUAGCAGUCCUUUUAGUGGUUUAAAGAGUCUGACGAAUUUCUUUUCCAACUUCUUCAAGAAAAAAGAAGAUGAAAAUGUGCCAGAGUCAGUUAUACAUCUCUAUCCAUUUCCUAAAAUUCCAAAGGAGGAACAAAGAGAUCAUUGGCCUUCACUACAACCAGUGCAGCUAGAGGCACCCUUCAACAAAUAUUGGUUGUUACCAACUGAACCACCUAAAAUGAAGAAUAUUACAAAUUUUGUAGUAAGGGAACUCCCCGAAGUAUUAAAAAUACCUCCGACAGCAAGGCAUGAAUACCUAAAAUCAUUUGAAAGCCUUUCUCAAGAGAAACUACCAACAGUAUUCAAAACGUCAGCUAGAGAUCCUCUGUACCACGGCGCCAAUGCAAAUGGAAAGCUGAAAAGUUCUCAUUUUAUAUAUGAUGACCUCUCGACAAAUUCUCAAAACUCUGUCAUUUCUCAAAUGACCACCUCUAGGCCAUGGGUGUGGAAGAACCUAAAGAGUGACGACCCUUCACAAACCAAUAUCUCACCCAGGCAAGGGGAUCUACCUUCCAAGAAUUAUACUAAAGAAACACAUGUACAAGAUAAACUUGAGACAUCUAAGGAGGUUAAGGAAAAUGCUCCUGGUACAGAAUCUGACCUUAAUGAGGCAGACUGGACCGCAAGGGAACAACCAAGCUGGUCAUCGGGUAUGGAAGAAACCCCCAUACAGAUUAUCUCUCCUCCGGAUCUGUCAGCUGCGCAUCCUUCAAAGAACACCACAGAUGAAAUAUCUGGGGACAUGAGACUAACCAACAGCAGUGAUAUCACUGAAACCCAGACAGACGAAUUCAUCCAAGUGGUUUCUCCUCCAGAUUUGUCCCUCAGACAAUUUCCACAAGAAAUCAAAGAUGAUAGUAAUUCGGUGAUAGAGACCGUGAACGUACAAGAACCAAAAGAUGAAGUUCUGGCAGGAGAUGCAGAUUUUGCUAAGGUACAGGGUUUAAUAGUGGAAACCGGUCCUACCCUAACUGAAUUUAUAAAAGAUGGUCAGUUUACAGUGUCCUCAGGGGAAGCCAGGGAAGAACCACCACUAAGAAUCGAGUCUGUAUUAGACUCUAUAAUCUUUCCCAAGAAAGACACAGAGUUGAAAAACGACCAUUUACCAACGGAAUCUAGUUUCGUCGAGGAUAGUGACGCUCGAUAGAUUUAAACAGUAAAAAUAGAUGGAACCCAAAAGAGAUUUAACUUUGGAAGAGGCCAUCUCCCUUCCUCUUCAGAUUACAAAUGGUCACAAUUUAAACAAAGGUAAAAAAAAAAUUUGUACAACAUAAGCCCUUCAGGAGAUUUGACUGAAUUGAAUUGAGUAUGGAAUUUAUGCCAAAGGCAAAGCUGGGACCUAUGAAGCCAUUCAGCGCUGAAACGAAAACUGAGAGUAAAAGGGUUGAUAGGUGUAACAAGAGGAAAACCUCAAAGCAGUUGCGCUAUGAAACAAUUGUUAGGAGAGGGUGGAAAGUAAGAUGGAAUAAAGAGAAUAUGAAAGGAGGUACAGGAACCAAAGGGGUUGCAGCUAGGGGCCGAAGGCACACUGAAAAGAGCUUAAAGUAAUGCCUAAAGUGCGCCGCAUGAGGUGCACUGGCGGCACUACCUCCCUACGGGGUUCAGGAGAUUUGUGACAGGCCACAUAGAUAUUCCAGGAUUGUUCACCAUCACAACCUUUAAAUGAAUGAUGCCAAAGACCCAUAAAGAAAGAGUGCUACGUCAGUUACUCCAACCUGUAACACUUUAACAUUCUAUCAAUACAUGACAACUAUCCCCAUGUCUUAGGGCCAUAUGCAUCAUCACAUUUACAAGAUAAGUGUAAUUUUAUUGACUGAGUCUAACAUGUUCAGCUAAAAA